UAAUGAGUAGCUGCUUUGCUACACUGGCUUAAUGAUUUUGUUUUUGACUUUUUAUUGUCUAUGAUUAUUAUGAGUUCUCAGAAACACUCAUCACUUCAGGAUGUCUGAAUGUAUGGUUUUCCGUGGCCAGCAGGUGGCACCAUCUGUAGACAAAUCCAUGCCUAAACCAAUUAAUGCAAGGCCAAGUGCAAAUGUGUAUAUUCAUUAGGUUGAACCCCCUAAAUACAAUAAUUUAAACAAUGUUUACUUUGAAGAACAUUAGAUUUGCUGGGGCUUUAAAUUAGUUGAUGGGUAAUGAUUUGUGAUUUCUUGGAUCAGUUUAGAGUGUUAUUUUUGUUAUAGCUACAGCUAGGAUAGUUAUUAUUGACAUGUCCGACCUUUUAACAAAUCAAUAUGACUAGGAUAUGAAUAUGAUGAAUAUUUCAAUGUAUUACAGAUGAAGAAUGUUGCCUAUUUAUUUCUUGCAGCAAAUAAACAUGCAACCAGCAGAAGUGGUACUACUAAGUGAAGAGGGUUUGGGAGCCAGACCCUGCUCCUUUAAAGUACCCGUAAUUCCUCUCACUAGUUUAUUUUUACCCCUAAAAGGAGGAGGGGCUGAUACCAAAGGUUUGGGAAGCAAAAGAAAGAAACGGCGGUGUUGUGGACACAUUACAAGCGGAAGGAUGAAGCUGACUGUAAUAGCUGUGUUGUGUCUUUCCCUUCUUUUGCUUCAUAUUAGUUUGGCAUUGGCCAAGAAAAAAGUAGGGCUUUUUAAAAAAAUAAAUGUCUUUAAAAAGACCCCCAAAACAACAAAUCUGGACCCCAUGUCUAAGGGUGGGUACCCCAAACAGCCUAAACAAUUUAACCAAGGAGGUUACCCCCAGCAGCCAGGUUAUCCAGCUGCAGGUUACCCAGCACGGGGCUCCCCAUACGGAGGAAGUUAUGGUGGUUAUGCCAGUUAUGGUGGUUAUCCAGGUGGAUACAUCAACCAAAACCCAAACAACCAAAUCCUGAGCCCUCACUAUGGUGGCAGCUUUGGUUACGGGGGCCAUGGUGUUGGGGGCGGCUCUCCCUUUUCCCAAUCAGUUCAUGCAAUGGGCGUGCGUCCCAACGAUAAUUCCAGAGGGUUUGGGCGCAGUGCGAUGAUGGCAGCAGGUGGAGGGGCUAUAGUAGGAAUGGCCCUGGGCUACGGGUUAGGAAGGUUCCCCCGUCCUCCCUUCAACUUCCACAAUUCCCAGGAGGAGUAUUACUACAACAACUACAUGUACAGGAAAUAUGGUGCGAGGUCUACCGACACCAACGACUACAGCAGAGACUACAGGUACAGCCAACUCCCUGAGACCUAUGACGGCUACAUGGACGCCUGCAUGAAGAGGACAGACCUUCUGCCUGCAGGGAACCGACAGCCAAACAGCAAACCUGCUGCCACAACUACAACCACAACUACUUCUGUAACUAACACAGCCAUUGCUGCCACAGCCACUGGCAGCAAUGCAACAAAGAGCAACAACACUGCAGCAGAAAACUCCUUGACCUCUGCACCUCUGCAUGAGUCUGAAGCCAAUCCUGUGCCUCCAGCUUCACAGGUUCUCAGAAAAACUGCUACUGUUGAUGAAGACGAUGAUACAGUCAGCAUCGUGGAGAUCGGCUACCCAGCACUGAUCAAUCAGCUGAAGGUCCGGAGAUGCUUAGAGCUGUACAUGGUUUACUCUGAAAAGUACUUGAAGAGACAAACCGGAGGGGUGCAGGGACUGGAGAUGGGCUCGCGAGGGCUUUUAGCUGUGGUCACCAGUACUAUACUGAUGCUACUGAAUAGCAACAUGCUAAUGCUGCUGCACUGACGCUUUCAUUAGCAGUGAAAGUGAUGGAGAAUGUGCUAAAGGAAUUAAGUAAAUGGAUGGAAAAUUAUUAGGGAGAAAGAAACCUUUUUUUCCCUUUUCUUCAUUGUGUGUGAAUUUCUACUUUAUGUGGGGUUUUUUUGCAUCCUCAUGCAUGUCCUUACUAUUUAUUCAAGGAAAGGAAAGGGAACAGUUAGACUACUAGAGAGUCACCAUGUUUGCAACAAAUAGCACUUCCUUUUUCCUCUUCUGAAAGAGAAAUGGUCCAUUAACUGUACUCUAAAACUCCAGGCUUUUGUUGGCGUUGAGGAGUCUGACCCAUUAAUGUCCAUUUAGAUUUAAUAAAAUAACACAGAGCAUGUUAUUCAACACUAACCCUAGCCAUAGAAGUAAGGAGUGGCACCACCAGUGACUCAUCUUUCUGUGUUUGUGAUGUGUGUUUCAGAAAAAAUUAUUAUUUAUUCAAGGAAACUGGCUAGGUUGUUUUUUCUUUUCUUUUUUGUCUCAGAGGACAAAGCAUGUGCAAGGGUUACUUUGCACCUGUAGGACUUGCUCUGUCAUGGUGAUAAUCUGUGUAAAUACACCGCUUUACAAUAAUGGACAUGCGCUUUAGAUGUAAUAUGAGUAUAUUACCAACAAGGAUGCUGAUAUCGGAAGACUUCUAAAACGGUGAACUUUAAAAACCUCGUAUAGAGAUCACGUCUGUCCGGGUAAAGUUAAUCAUUUUCUUUAUUUGUCAGGCAGACCAUCUAAUUAACAUUUGUGUAUUUAUUACAUAUAAGGUAAUGAACUGGACAGCUUCGCGAUUUACUGAAUAUUAGUGACUGUUUUUUAAAAUACAGGACAGUAAAAAGUAUAAUUACGCUUUAACAGUAAAACAGUGUUGUGCUGUUUACAAAUACAGUAACGUCAGUAGUGCAAAUAGGCUUUUAAGCCACAGCUUAGCACUGGUUUCGGUGCAUUUCUAAAUUUUUACCAGGCCUGGAAAUAAACUGUAGGCUACCAAUGCCAAACUGAUGUCAGAGUUUGAAAACAAACGUUUUGAAUAAAAUAUUCUUUUUUUCCCCAUAUGUAUGAAAAGACCCCAAAAUUAACACUGUAAGCAGUAACUUGAUUACUAUGAGCUAAUUAUUUAAACAGCAUUUGUAAAGCAAUGAUCCUGUCCUAAGCUUUCUGAUCCAUAUAAAGAGUUGGUGACUGUAACCGUGAUCACUAUGAGCGGUUUCCACUGUGUUACAAUUAGCAUGACGGAGUAUCUGUAAUAGAUCAUAUCUACUAAUAUCUUUGUAUUUUAAACCAUUAAUGGACUUUUAUCACAUGAGGUCCUAACGACUAAUUAUUAUAUCUUAUUCAUAAGCAGACAGAUGUAGAUGUAUGCUGUAUCCUAACACUCCUUAAAUUGUUACACUGGAAUCAAUGCAAAGCAAAGUGGGCUUUUUCUUAAUAUUGAUGUGUGUUGUCUUAACAUGUUUCCAUGUACACUGCCAUUGCAUUGUAUGGUAUUUGUAUGUAUUUAGUGUGUUUUAUAUUUUCUAGUCUUUUUAUAAACACACCUUCCUCUUCUGUCCAAUGUUUUGCCUUUCUUCCCCCCUCUGUGGGAUAGCUUGUGAUUGCAGAAGUGCUCUUAAGAAGAUUUAAACCCCUGAUGUACUAAUUCUGAGCUGAAUUCAUCUGCAACUGUAUAUGGUUGCUAAGCCUGCAUAUCAAGAUGUGCACAGUAUAUUACUUAAGAUUUGUACAAUAUCUUUUCUAACCAUAGACUAUGGUGACUUAAAAACAAUUAAAAGGUACUCUCUGGAGUUUUAAUUGCAAACAAACAUCUCGAAUUCAACACGACUGGACAAAACACAUGAUGAACACAUUUCUUACCUCCAUAAUUCAUUUGACUCGGUCAUUAUUCGAGACCCAGUGUGGCAAGUGGGAUAAUUUGAAGCUACAUAAAAUAUAACAAAAACAUGUUGUGACCUCCUCCCCGUUGGUAUAAAAUCCUCUUUGACUUCAGUUUUGCCAAUAAACGAAAAGCCUCAACACCUUUUCCUUCUUGAUUUUUCCAUUUAUUACUCCCACGUCCGCCUCCUGCCGCCACUGCAGAGUACUGUCAUGACCGCUGCAUCUUUAACCACACAUUUCAUCACAACAAACAUUUUUUCAUUAACUGUUGAACAAUCUCUGACCACUAUAGUGAUCAAAAACCCCACAGUGUACCUUUUUUAACGUGUUGUUGAAGCCUACGUUAUCUUGUGUCUGGCUUUGAAUGUAUUUUAAACCGCUUUAAAAGACGUGAAUGUCUUUCACUGUGACGGAUCACAUUUGCUGUGCUGCUGGAGCUUCAACUGAAUACUGAGGGAUGACUUGCACUUUUUGCUUAUCUUGUCAAAUAAACAAAUAACUUUA